AUUCGGUUGGGUCUGCAACAUUUGGUCCAUGACUGCACUUCAAGUCUGCUGCGCGCCAAGCGCAGCCAGACCUCUCGCGGCGGCUCCGCGCGCCUUUUUGGCGGGAGUGCGCACACGGACUUUGGUUUCAAUCACGUCUCUAAGGUUAGGAAGGCGCAUUCCGACUUGUCCUCUCGGGGAGUCCUUUCCGCCCGCCCCCCUCACCUCAGCGCACCACCCAGCGCCGUGCCUCUCCGCGUUCCGCCGCUCUCCAGACGCCAAGGCUUUAUCCGCCAGUUCUGCGCUUACCGAAUAUGCCACGUCAUUCAUGAAACGACCGACGUCAGACGGCGCUGCGUCCUACCGCGUCAGCAAGCGGAGAGCCGUCACGACCAGCACGGCGGGCCAGGCGGCGGGGGAGUCCACGGGGGCGCAGAGCGGGGGGAGCAAGGGCGGGGAUGCGGGGAAGGGAGGGCCGUGGAUGCUGGUGGGGCUGGGGAAUCCGGGGAUGAAAUACGAGGGCACGCGCCACAAUAUAGGCUUUGAGGUGCUGGAUGCCAUCGCGAGAGCAGAGGGCAUAUCGCUGAGCGCCAUGCAGAGCAAGGCGGUAGUGGGCAAGGGGCGGAUUGCUGGCAGCGCCGUGCUGCUGGUGAAGCCCCAGACGUUCAUGAACCUCAGCGGCGAGAGCGUGGGGCCGCUGGCUCGCUUCUACAAGAUCCCACCCGAGCGAGUCGUAGCUAUCUAUGAUGACAUGGACCUAGAUGUAGCCUCCAUGAAGCUUCUUGCCAAAGGAGGCCAUGGGGGGCAUAAUGGCAUGAGGAGCAUCAUGCAGCACUUCCAGGGCUCAAGGAACUUUCCACGCCUCCGAUUCGGCAUUGGAAGACCGCCAGGCCGCAUGGAAGCCAAGGUCUAUGUGCUGCAAAAGUUUUCGGAUCGUGAAAGAGAAGAGGUGGAUGUGGCUAUAGAGAGGGCGGUUGAUGCCAUCCGGCUGGUGGCAGCGGAGGGGAUGGAUAAGGCAGUCAGCACAUGGAACUUGCCGCGCCGAUCGUCUGCUAACACCAAGGCUUAGGGCGUGUUCUCAUUUCAUGGUGCCUCAAGAACACCACGACCUAGUGCCGGCUUUGUGUUUGGGCGCCUUAAUAGCAAGCUGACUUAGUGCAUGUAGUGUUUCCUAGGUGCUUCGAUAACACCAAGGCCUCGUGUGGGUAUUGUUGUUAAAGUGAGAACUGAAUAAUGAAUAGAGGGAGAGAACAAGGGUAUAUACCUAAGAGUGUUGUACCCUCUAAGAGGUGACCCUAUACAGUCUAUACAAAUAUGGGUUAUACAU